AUGGAUGGUCAAAAGCUCCCUCGAGUAUACCUCGAUCGUUACAGCGGGGCAACUUCCAAAUAUCCCGAUCUCCAUCCGACUGAUAUCCCCAAGGCUCCGUCGAUCCCAGUGAUCCCGGUAUCCGAGUCCCCGGAGCGCAAACCCAGCCAACGACCCUGGUACAGUCCAUUCACCUGGACCCGACGACGGACAUUCAUCUCCAUCCUCGUCACGAUCGUGAUCAUACUAGUCAUCGUCGUCCCCAUUGAAGUCGUCCGAGCCAACCGCUACCCUGACUACAGCCCUCUAAAUUACACACUCAAAGACUCCUACGCAGGCCCAUCCUUUUUCGACCAUUUCAACUACUUCACCGAACCAGACCCAACCGAUGGCUUCGUCGUCUAUGUCAACAAAGAGACAGCCACAAACCUCAACCUCACCCAUGCAAGCGACACCUCGGCAAUCCUCCGCGUCGACACGGUCACGCCCAAUGCGCUCAGUGGUCGUAACUCUGUCCGCAUCGAAUCAAAGAAGGCAUACAACACAGGUCUUUUCAUCUUCGACAUCAUUCACACACCACACGGCUGCGGAACAUGGCCUGCUCUCUGGAUGACCGAUGGAGCGAACUGGCCCGCGAAUGGCGAGAUUGAUAUCCUCGAAGCAACCAAUGAAGCUUCGCAUGGCAAUGAGAUCAGCUUGCAUACCACGCCCGGAUGCUCUAUGAAAGUGAAGCGAAAAGAAACCGGAAACAGAAUCUACAAGACCUGCGAUAACAGCACGAAUGGAAAUUCCGGAUGUGUUGUGGUCGGGGAACCUGAAACUUACGGCGCGGCGUUGAAUCAGAAUGGUGGCGGUAUCUACGCAUUGGAGCUUCGCAACGCCGGAAUUCGAGCAUGGUUUUUCCCGCGCACCUCCAUUCCGUCCGAUAUCACAUCCAAGACACCAGACCCAUCAACCUGGGGCACAGCCCUAGCUGACUUCCCCAGCACAGAAUGCGAUAUCCCGUCGCAUUUCCAAAACUUGAAUAUCGUUGCGAAUAUCGAUCUUUGCGGAGAGCUUGCCUCGCAGCCACAGUAUUAUGAUCAGUUGUAUGGUUGUCCGUCGACAUGUACGGAUUUUGUAGCGAGGAACCCUUCCGCUUUCUCGGAUGCGUAUUGGGAGUUUAGGAAGUUUGAAAUUUAUCAUGCUUUGAAUGCUUAG